CGUCGCUUGCCGCAUGCGACGGCCGGCGUCUUUCGUCUUGUGCUCGAAACCUGUCGGACGCGCUGAGAUCUAGCCCGUGGCUUUUGCCAAUCCGCAUUCUCUGGCAUAUUUGUCUGCACUAGGCACUGAAAUCUGGAUUUGCAGGGAGUCGUUCUCGACGCCGCCCGGUCCUUCCUGCAUGCAAGUUUGCACCUGCAGGACCCGGUCUCAACCAAUUCCAAGAGUUUGCUCUUUUGCUGCAUGCACACCGACACAGAGCCGACAAUCCUGAACCACCCUGACUGAAACUUGGAUACGCACGUGUCGGCUAGCGGCCCCUGAGAGACCUCUGCCAACUGGACUCUUCCGAUUAAACCGGUUAGCGACUGCACCCAGCCGAUUCGAUCCGCGCCGCAGGCGCCGGCCUUCCCGCCAUAAUGGAUCAGUUCUCCCUUUCGGCCGCCCCGCCACCCAUUCCUCGCAGAUCUAGUGAGCGCGAACGUGUCCGGUCCGGCAACCAAUCUCCCGACCGCCGCCCGCGUGAUUCUUCUUCUUGUUACCCCGCCAAAGCCGCCAAACCAAGGCGCGACCGAGACUACGACGACGUCUUCGCCGACUGGACUAGCCGAAGUCGCGACCGGCACGCCGACCGCCACCACAGGGAUCAAGAAGACGACCAAGUCGGCCCCCUGCCGCCCGCGUCCCCCGAGGUCAUCUCGUCCCUCAUCACGUCCCUGUCUACCAUCUCCAGGCCAGUGAGCAAUCACUUCGACGGCCCCUCAUACCUCAGCCCUAUAGGCGUGGGGAGCCCCGUCUCUCUGUCGCCCGUGAGCUCGCCCGCCGGUGGCUCGUUUGGUGUCGACUACGGUGCCUACUCGAAGCCGUCGCUCAAGGAGCUGGAGGAAGAGGAUGUGCCCCUAGAGGAUCUUCCAGCCAGCGCCCCGGUCGUUCGGACGUCCAAACCACCCAGCGGCCUGUCGCCCGUGACCGGCCCUAGGUCGCCCAAGAGCCCGAGCGCCCGCGAUUCGUCCGGCUUCAGAGGCAUCCUCUCGCGCCGGAGCAGCGGCGCCCUGUCCCGCCCGUCGAGCAAAGGAUCGAUAACGUCCGGCGCCGAGAGCAUCGGCAAGCUCAGCAUCGAGCGUAGCCAGGAACCUCUUUCGCCCGCAGCCGAAGGACACGGCCUCAAGAACCAACAAUCGCACGACAGCUGGGGAAAGAAAGGUGGUCGGAACCAGCGCGGCCUUAUGUACAUGACCAGCAAGGAGAGGUUGCGAGAGAAGGAGGCCGACAAGAAGCGAGCCAGCAUCGGUACGGGAGGAGGAAACGGAAAGAGACUCAGCGCGGCCAGCGGGCCCACGACGCCGCGUCUCGAUCCGCUGUCCGCGGACUCUGUCAUUGAUGAGGAGCCGGCGGGAGACUUUUCCCUUGGGCUAGAUGGUCCGAUCGACGCCUUUGCAGACCCUCGGCUGAUACCCGCCAGGGAUUCAUCGCUAGGGAGGAAGAAGAGAUCUUCAGCUAGAGCAUCUCGAACGUCGAAACGGGAUAGCGAGAGCGGCGGUUACGGUGCGAUCCCGGAGCUCGAGGAACAACCCAACGGGAAUUCGGGCUGGCAAGGCGACUCGACCAAUCGGCGGAGCUCCAAGAACCGCGAGGGGCUCGACCCUUUGAGUCUCACUAUUAGCUUGCCGCCGGACCCGGCUUCUCCGAACAAUCGACGCGUCUCCGCCACGAGCCCAUCCACACCCGCGGCCGGCAUGUUUCCGGACAUUGACCUCGACGACGGCGCCCCUUCCCCUUCUGUCGCCCAGGGGCGCCGUCGGGAUCGGGAAGCUAGCGCCGAGUACCGGCGGCGGUCCGGCCGGCACACCCCCGAUCCGUUUGGUGGCUACGCGAGUGAAGGAGGGGGGACAACGGACAAGAAAAAGCGAAGCAGCUCUAAGCUCAGGCGGCUGUCGGGGGCACCUAGCCCGACGCCGGAUAGCGCAGAACAGGGCACUGCGACAGGGAACAACAGGCACAGCGACCAGCCACACGUCGCCUAUGAGCGGCCGCGGAGCGCCGACAGUAUCGACGAAGCGGUGGAAAAGUAUCUAUGCAGCCCGCGGCUGAGCCAGAAGAUCAGGCACCCUCAGAGCGGUCGGAUCGUCAGCUUUAGCGAGGUUGGGGACCCGAACGGGAGCGCCGUCUUCUGCUGCGUCGGCAUGGGCCUGACAAGAUACAUCACCGCUUUCUACGACGAGUUGGCCCUGACUCUGAAGCUGCGUCUGAUAACCCCCGAUCGUCCUGGAGUCGGCGACAGUGAGCCGUAUGCUGAGGGCACCGCAACGCCUCUAAGUUGGCCCGAUGACGUGUAUGCCAUUUGUCAAGCACUCAAGAUCACCAAGUUCUCUAUCCUUGCACACUCCGCCGGUGCCAUCUAUGCGCUGGCGACCGCUCUCCGCAUGCCCCAACACAUUCGGGGCAGGAUACAUCUACUCGCGCCCUGGAUACCGCCGUCUCAGAUGAACGUAGUCGGAGCCAGCGACAAGACGCCGUUGCCACCGACGAACGCCAUCCCCACUAGCCAGAGGAUAUUAAGAGCCCUCCCGACACCAAUUCUCAAAGCCGCCAACAGCAGUUUCAUGACGGCAACCAGCUCAAGCAUCACCAGCUCGCUGCCAAAGCAGAAGCGGGUCAAGCGAGACAAGAGGGGCAACGGGACCGGGACCAGGGAUAACAAGGAUCAGCCGAAGGGCAUGUUCCAUGCAGCGCUUGAGAACAAGGAGAACCUGAACCCCGAUAACCUGAAUAGCAAGUACUCCACCAUUCCAGCAGCGGCCGACGAGGAUGCGAACGGGGGGGCGCCCGAGGGGUCGAACGCCGCUGCCAGCGCGCCCCAGACGCACGGCAUCGGCCACCGCCACUUCCGCCCUAGCGUGUCCCGGCAGGGGUCCAACCCGCGGCGGGAGUCGGAGGAUCCUAUCCUCCCGGCGAGUGCGCAGAUGGAGGACCGCGAGCGGCAGGAGCUGUAUGACAACCGCCUGACGCACGCGAUCUGGCAGCUCGCGACGACGGGCGCCAACCCUGCCGUCGAUCUGCUGGUGUGCCUAGAGCGGCGGCACACCAUCGGCUUCCGCUACGUCGACAUCACCAGGCCGGUCGUGAUCCACCACGGCAGCCGGGACACGCGGGUGCCGGUGGAGAACGUGAGGUGGCUCGGCAAGACGAUGCGCCGGUGCGAGGUGCGGGUGCUCGAGGGCGAGGGCCACGGUCUGAUGGCGAGCGCCCAGGUCAUGGGCAGCGUGCUCAUGGAGAUCAGCAGGGAGUGGGAGGAAUGGUCCCGGGUCACGGGGGCGACCAGGAGAGAGCACGAGAGGGCGAGGAGAAACACGGUCGGACAGGGGAAGUAGUAAUAAGCGGUCCGCCACCACCACCACGGGCUCGGGCUUUGUUGAUUUCUGGGACUCGUUUUUUUUUCCACACAGUCAUCAUGGUGAAUUGGUCAUGGUUUUAUUAUACCCCCCGUUUUGGAGUAACGUUUAGAGAGACGUUCAUGUAUGAUAUAAUUUCUAAUAGUCAAAAAAACAAGGGUUCUUUGCAUGGCGCACUCAGACGUCCCUUCAGACUUUCUUGUUUCGCUUCCGGCUUGGAUUGCUCUGAUUAGGCCGAUCCCUGGCUCUAUGUAAUAAUUAUUAGCCGUUGCUGAUGCCUAG